CAGUCGGUAAGCUGUGAUCGAAUCAGUGAUUGUACAUUUCAUGCACAGAAAAAGGGAUGCACUCGCUUCCGGGAUUACGAUCUCUAUUUCCUUGACCAAUAUAUCUCUCUAGCAAUCAUAUUGGACCAAAACUCAAUUCACAUGAGUCGCUGUUGCUCCGUAAGCCUGGCCAGGUAUGCAUUCUCCUUUGCAAAAACACAGCCGAGCCUGAAACUCAUGACAGCUGAGUGGCCUCUAUGCAGCAAAAAUGUCCAGGGACCCUUUGACCCUUCAGAUAGACCUUCGGACAACAACUCCUUCCAACGAUCUCCUCUGCAGCCGGAGCGUCGAAAUGUCAUGUUUUGCGCACAUGCGACAAGCACAUAUUCAAGGUUGAGAUCUUGCAUUGAGAUUAAGAGCACUCAUGGACCUGCGGUUCGUCUCAUGUGUAUCGCUGAAACGAGCAGCUCCAUCUCUUUUUCCCAAGUGUUUCGUCGUUGUCGUUGACGGGCCGGGCAUAUGUCUCCGUAUCUGUCCGGGCCGGGUCGGUCGAGUACGGACGGGUUUCGAGAAGA